ACAACUUCAGAGGUACUUACGUCAUGUGCAACAAUCACAGCAUCUACGCACGCAAAGCCCGAGACUUCUACUGAAAUUAGCGCGACCGGCGAAAUGACGUCAUCGGUCACCGAAACGUCUGCGGAGACGGAUAGCACUCAGUUCACAGAAAUCGUCACCGAUGUACCAAUUGUUACUGAGUCAGAAUCUACGACUUCGCGUGAACGUGAACGCAUGACUAGUGACAUGCACGAAACUACGGAACGUGUCAAAACCUCGUCCUUCGCAGUCACCUCUCAAGGUAUAACAACAACGGAUACAUCCAUGACUAAAGGGUUGGAAACGUCUGCAGCAUCUACCGUGCCACGUGCUGGACAUACUAUGACAACAUAUUCCGCCGGGUUUGGUGAUGAUUGGCAAAACACGGACAGUGCAACUGAUGCUGAAAUGACAGCAUCCACAAACCGAAUGACGAGUAGUGACGACAGCUUGUCAACAACUCUGAAAUAUCCGGAUGUAGAAACAAGUAACACGCUCGCAACAGAAUCACCAUCUACCGUGAUCAGGGAACCGACGACAGACGAACAAGAAGCUUAUGGCGAGAGCUCUUUCACAACGAACGCACCGACCAACAUUGAAGAGAAGCCAACUACGCUGCCAUCUAGUAUCGAAACCGUAACCUUCACGAAGCAAAUGCAGACUACAGAUCAGUCACGAAAUGACAGCGGUACAAGCAAGCGGAUGCCCACAGAAGAAACAUCGACGGAGCUUCCAUUUGACGAUACACCAACUAAGAGCCUAAAAGAUUACAUCAGUAAGACUACAACGAUACUCAUACCUACGAAAAGUGGUGAGGAUGAAUCAAUGCCAGACGAGAUUCUACCAACGAUAGGUAUGCCUACUACCGCUAAAGAGCCAGGCAUGAAAGAAUGUUUUCAGCAAGGACAGAUCAAGGCUCGCCGAUAUGACGUGUCAAAUGUGGGGCUACCGCAUUAUUUUAAAGGCUGGGUAGACGUGCAAGGCCAGGGGGCUGCUAACGAUUAUUGCAGAGUUAUACACCUCGAUGGAGAGCGAGUGCUGUCGUGUGCAUUAGCAGGCACGGAAGGACAGAGUGAACAUAAUUACAUCGCCAAUUCUGAUAUGCGGCUCGGGUUUCAUGAUACAUGGUUCAUGCGAGACAUGGAUGGGGAUGGACGGGACGACUAUUGUCGGUGUCUGUUUGUCGAUAAGCUGCAGCAACCGAAGGUGGUGUGUGCGAAAGCCGGUGAACUAGGAUUUUAUGGGAGUAGUGAGGAGGGUGGCUCUGCUGAUACGUUCAUACUAGCCGACAGUCUAACGCAAGACGGCCGAAAAUGCUUUAACGAGCGAGCCAACCCUGUGCUUGGAGUUGCCUACGCCGUGGCCACCAACUUACCCUAACGUUAUCUCACCGAAUUAGAAAGACUUUUCACAUAACAACUGCUAAUUAAGAGGUACUCUUUUUGCAAAC